CGGAUGCGCUGAGCCCGGCGCUGCGGGCCGCGGGGCGCAGGGGACCAGCGGCCGCCCGCGCGCGGGGCGCGGGGUGGGCUGGGGCCGCGUGCGGCCUCGGGUGCUGGUGGGACGGGGCCGCGUUGUCUUGGAGUCUUCCGCACUCCUGCGAUCGCCUGCACAGUCUUUUUAUAUUUUUUAUUUUAUUUUAUUUUUGCAAUCAAACAUUUUUGCAAGGCGGUGGUGGGUUCAAGACAGGUGAGAGCAUCCCGCAGGUCGCCGUCCCGGAGCCGGAGGGCACUUGGCGCGCUCUCCGGAGGCCGGCCGCACUGGAAACCUGAAAGUUUUUUGCUUUUAUUAUUAUUUUUUUUAAUGCAGAUGCAUUUCUAAAGCUAUAAACACAUUUUUUUUUUUUCCUUCCCUGGUCUCCAAGCGAGUACUUUUGGCAAAGGACGGAGGAAAAAAGCUCAACAGCAUUUUGGGGGGCGGUUAUAUAUUUUUUUAAGAAAAACAUUUGCAUCGCCAUGGAGAAAAUGUCCCGACCGCUCCCCCUGAACCCCACCUUUAUCCCGCCUCCCUACGGCGUGCUCAGGUCCCUGCUGGAGAACCCGCUGAAGCUCCCCCUUCAUCCUGAAGACGCGUUUCACAAAGACAAAGACAAGGACAAGAAGCUGGACGAUGAGAGCCACAGCCCGACCGUCCCCCAGUCCGCCUUCCUGGGACCCACCCUAUGGGACAAAACCCUUCCCUACGACGGAGACACGUUCCAGCUGGAGUACAUGGACCUGGAGGAGUUUCUGUCCGAGAACGGCAUCCCCCCCAGCCCUCAGCACGACCACAGCCCGCACCCUCCCCCGGGGCUGCCGCCCGCCGCCCCCGCCGCCCCCUCCGUGGUGGACCUCAGCAGCCGGGCCUCUGCGCCCCUUCACCCCGGCAUCCCGUCCCCGACCUGCAUGCAGAGCCCCAUCAGACCAGGUCAGCUGUUGCCAGCGAACCGCAACACACCGAGCCCCAUCGACCCCGACACCAUCCAGGUCCCGGUGGGCUACGAGCCGGACCCGGCAGACCUCGCCCUGUCCAGCAUCCCCGGCCAGGAAAUGUUCGACCCUCGCAAACGCAAGUUCUCCGAGGAGGAACUGAAGCCGCAGCCCAUGAUCAAGAAAGCUCGCAAAGUCUUCAUCCCCGAUGAUCUGAAGCAGGAUGACAAGUACUGGGCACGGCGCAGGAAGAACAACAUGGCAGCCAAGCGCUCCCGGGACGCGCGGCGGUUGAAGGAGAACCAGAUCGCCAUCCGAGCAUCCUUCCUGGAGAAGGAGAACUCGGCCCUGCGCCAGGAGGUGGCCGACCUGCGCAAGGAGCUGGGCAAGUGCAAGAACAUUCUGGCCAAGUACGAGGCCAGGCACGGGCCCCUGUAGGACGGCGGGGGGGAUGAGGGGGCCGGCCGGCCUUGGACUAGAUGGACCGUGCGUUUCCCCGAUGACAGCACCACACCCGACCUGACCUUCCUUCCCGACGGCAGCACUUUACCGGAGGCAUCCAUCCACACAACGGGCUCCCGCAUGCGUGUGGCCAGCGGUGCGCGGGCCUCUGCACUUGCCAUGUCCAGAGAACCCUCUCCUCCUCCUUCGGGUCCCCCAUCAGAAAGGUGCCAUGUUUUUACUGGACUCUGGAGACCUCCGUGGCGGGGUCUCCUGCCCCUCUUCUCCUCCCCACUCCUGCCCCAUUCCACGCGGCUCUUCCCUGCUCUGCCAGGACCCUGGGUUUGGAUCCACCGCAAGGGCCCUGGGAGAACGGCGGCUCUCGGUGGUCCAGACCGGCCUGUGAGUUACCAACAUGCCAACACGGUGCCCAGAACAACCCAGCGCUCCGCCUCGCCCUCUUCCUUUGCAGGCGCUUUCCUCAUCGUUUCAGUUCGGAUGGCGAUCGUCCUCGCAUUGACAGUGCUGUUUAGAUUCCUUAGAGCCCGUAUUUGCUUACCGCGCUAUCGACUAAGCUCCCUUUUCCUCCUCCUCCGCACCCCGGAUCCGUGAGAGUUACUCUUCUAGACCACAGCGCGUGUGUUUGCACCGUCUGUACCUAAAGCAAUAAUCCUAUUGUGCGCUAGAGCAUGCUGCCUGAGUAUUACUAGUGGACGUAGGAUGUUUUCCCUCCCUGAGAAGUCCACCCUCUUUUAUAAAACACACACAAACAUGACAGCAGUGCAUUUGAGCAUGCCCAGAACAUCCCCCACCCAGGACAGGGAAGCUGAGGGAAUGGCAGGUCUGAGAAGGAAGGGCUACUUUAUCAGCAUAGGAGCCAAAAAAACAAACAAACAGACAAAAAAAAAACCCUACACAAACAAAUCGCAUUUUGGAAUGGCUUUUGACAUGGAUAUGUUUGGUUUUGUUCUCUCCCUUCUCCCAUAACCCCUCCCCCCACUUUUAUAGUUAACUUUUUUCCAUAGCCCUCUUGAUAUAUUCCCAGCAACUCCAUUGAGAUUCAGUUCCCCCCGUUUUUUUGUAAUAUAUAUAUUUUUGUGACUUAUACCUUGCUGUUUUUAAACAUCAGUUAAGUUAAUGAGUUGGCGUUUUGGAUGACCCCUUUUCCUAGCGGUGCCCCUUUUCGAAUGCUUCAUAAAUUAAUGAUUCCGGAGCUUGCGUUUCUCACCCCAUUUGCUUUUGAACGUAUGUGCUUCUAUUAUAUAAAGUGUACUUCUGAAAAAAAUGAAUGUAAAAGACACUGGUGUAUCUCAGAAGGGGAUGGUGUUGUCACAAACUGUGGGUAAAUCCAAUCAGUUGAACUGUUUACUAUAGACCCAAAGGAGAGAUGCUGAAAUUGUCUAAUGUUUAUACAGAGUUAUUAUAGGACAUUCUUUUUUUUUGUACAGUAUUUUUCAGAUAUGAAUACUGACCAUGUAUUUUGGAAGACAUAUAUUAUAUAUAGCAAAGAGAAAAGUCCAUGUUUUGAAAUUCUAUAGCAAAGAUAUAUAUUCAUCAGCGUUGUACAGAGAAGAAGGGCUUGGGGGUUUUGAUGUCUUUAAUAUUUGAAGCCUAUCACGGACACCUCAGCAUGUUUUCUGCUUGGAGAUUUCACGACAGUAUCAAGGCCCUCCGUGCUGAAUUCUGCUCUCACAGCUCGAAGGGGAUUUCCUGUUUCCUAGUAGGUCUCAGAAAGAAGUCAGUUAGCAUCACCCAAAAGCACAAAAUGGAUGUUAGUCAAAUAUUUAUUGGAUGCUACAGUGUUUUUUAGGGAAAGCAUCUGCCACAGAAAUGUUCACUUCAAAACGAUGACUUCCUGGAACGGAAUACCACCGCAGACACCCCAAACAGUUCUGUCCUUCCCGUGGGCGCGUCUUAGGCAGUUGACGGCCGCUAGUGGUGCUGUGUGUGGCUUACGACUUGAUGGAUGUUCCGACUCUAAAGAUUGUUCUUCCGCGUCGCUCGGUUGUGUCAUGUCAAGAGAUUCUGCUGCUGUUACAGAGACACGUUGUGCUGGAUUCAAAUACGCUUCCCUCCAUGAGGUUUCCUAGUGUCCCACGCCCAGAGUACCUGGUUCCUUAGUGACCUGAUGGGCUCCUGGUCAGCCCGUCAGCAGCUGUCUCUUGGUGUCAGUCUCGGGAAGCCCGCUGGGCGGAUAGUCCCGUUAGCUGUUCACUGGGCCCCAGGCGGUAGAGGGCAGCGGGAGGUGGAAGAGUGUUGGAGCUGAAAUGCGUUGCUCGGGUGAAUCACUAAUGACAGAAACAAGCAAGACCUUGGGCAGUCUCAGGCAGGUCUGAAGAAGCGGUAUUCAGUAGGAGACACCAGUGAGCCAGGGUCGGCCUUUUCAUGGGAAAAGAGACUAAUUGCCCUAGUUGUGAAAUGGCAGUCUUCACUAACGCAGAGACAAAUGAUAUAUUUAAGUGGUGACAUGUUGAAGGGCCACUUAAAUAUAUUGAGGACUGGACCACCCAAUUCAUUGACGUAUAAAAUGGUAGCCCCCUCCAAAAAAAAAAAAAUGCAUUUGAGUACUGGUUUUUCUUGGAAUUAGAUUGUUUGUAUCCAAUGAGCAUCACAAAUGCUUUCUACAGAAGAAAUAAAAUUGUCACAAUAAAACAUACACUUUCAUGUGCCAGGAAAGGUUUUGGAGACCUACCUCAUCUUAAACGAUUUUAAACGCAGGCGUCUGCAGGUGCCUUAUAUGUAGGUCAUUGCCACUGUGCACACGUGAGCACUCGCACCCAGACCCACUGCCUUCCAUCCAGGGCAGUGAACUGGCCAGGGAGGCAGUGCUAAAGGGUGUGGGAGGCCGUGGUCCACAAGAGCCAGGUGAGUUCUGCAGACUGCAGCUAUUCUAACAGUCCUGCUGUCAUCCCCCUCCCCACCUUUCCUCAUAAGCAACUUUCAGAGAUCAAUUACUUGCCCGUUAACUUGGAAGCCCAGUCGUAUCGUGCCAACAUCCUCUAGACACGAUUUGGAAUGAGUGGUCCAGGGCUUCCUGAUGAGGUCCCAUCACCGUUUCUUCUGCCCAGACUUGCAGAGAAAGGCAGGGAUUGCCCAUCCCACGCUACCUGUGGCAGCAGGUAGGGGGAGGGGGGGUGGGGGAGCUGUAACUUCUCCUUCUCUUGAAGAAGUGGCUGCCUUUUGAGGCACCAUCGCUUAGAGUAGGAGGCACUGCUGGAGGAGAGGCAUGGGUUGGACAGGACGCUGGACCAGGUAUCCCAGAGCUUUCUUUCCACUCGCUGGUCUUGUGAGGGAGCUCAUGAUGAUUCUGCAUGUACAUUGACAAGGUCUUGGGUCUAUUUUUUUAAACCUGGUGUUUUUUGUUUUUUUUUUAAAUGUAUUUUUAUUGAUUUCAGAGAGGAAAGGAGAGGGGGAGAGAGAGAGAGAGAAACAUCCAUGAUGACAGAGAAUCAUGCAUCGGCUGCCUCCUGGACACCCCUCACUGGGGUGGAGCCCACAACCCAAGCAUGUGCCCUGACCAGGAAUCCAACCGUGACCUUUUCUUUUGUAAGUCGACUGAACCACACCUUCUGGCAAUAAUACCAUUUAAAACAAUGAGCACAGCCUUAGCCUUGAUCUUGAUGAAUUGAAUGAACUUGGCAUGACAGUCAGUACAUUUCACAGAGGGCCAAAUGUAUGUAGGGUAGAGUGUGUGUGUGUGUGUGUGUGUGUGUGUGUGUGUGUAACUAUUUAAAUCAAGACAUAAAAAUCUUUAAUUUUGGAGCACCUUACCAAACAUCACAAUAAUCUACCAUUAUCUUUCUGGCAACACCACAAAGAUCGCAUCCGCUAACCAGGUGAAAGUCCACAGGAGGUCAGUUGAAUUGUGUACCAUGAUGUGGGCCGUGUUUAUGCUGUUCCACACAAACCUUUCUCUGUCUGUUAUCCUUCAUGUUUAAUAAACUUUGAAUUUUUUCCUUUC